GCUCAUAUAUAUACGCCAUAAUGGAAGUAGUGGCGGCUCUCGGUGCCUGGGCAUUGGGUAAAUUCAACACCUCCCUGCCCUGGAUCAACCAUUCCAGCGCACUCCAGCAUCCAGGCAUUAUCGCGGACCUGGGUCCGAAGCUCUCGAGUGGCGCUCAGAUCCUGUUCCCAGAUUCUCCGGGUUUCGACGUGGCUACGGCUCGGUAUUCUCAAUAUGGAGCACCCAACUUCACGGUGGUUGUGCAAGUUGCGCAGGAAGAUGAUGUAGCUGAAACGAUCAAAUACGCCAAUGCCAAGGACAUCUCCUUCUUGGCUGUGAGCACCGCCCAUGGUACCAUUGCUACCUUGGGGGGUGUACAGCAUGGCAUCGAGAUCUGGCUAGAUAAGCUUGACUCGAUUGUCAUAUCGGGGGAUGGCGAAACGGCUACUUUUGGCGGGGGUGUGAAAUCAAAGGCGGUUAUCGAUGCGCUGUGGGAAUCUGGAAAGCAGACUGUGACUGGCGGCUGCGAAUGCGUUAGUCUCCUGGGACCCGGAUUAGGUGGUGGCCAUGGCUUCCUGCAGGGCCGGUAUGGCCUCAUCUCGGAUCAGUUUGUCUCGAUGCGUGUGGUGACUGCCGAUGGGACCAUUCGCACAGUCUCUUCCGAUUCAGAUGCGGAUCUGUGGUGGGCCAUGCAAGGCGCUGGCCAUAAUUUUGGGGUCGUGACUUCUGUUACUUCCAAGAUCUACGACGUGCCUUACGAUGGGUUAUGGUCAUAUGAGAAUUAUAUCUUCACCCAUGACAAGGUUGAAGGUGUCUAUGAUCGUAUCAAUCGAUUUUCGACCGACGGCGGCCAAGCGGUAGAUUUAGUUUAUUACUCAACCUUCUUUCGCAACCCCAAUAUAGACCCAGCGAAUCCUGUUGUCGCUCUAAUCCUUCUCCAGCAGGGAAAAUCCACCGUCGACUCCGCAUAUACCAUCCCACUGAGAGAUCUCGGUCCGCUCGUGGUCAGCUCCGGGUCCGGAACAUACAAAGAUGUCCCAUCAUGGGCGAUGACGGCCAAAGACUCCCCUACCUGCCAAAAAGCCAACAUGAGCAAUGUCUGCUUCCCGCUCAGCCUUCAGUCCUACGACAUCCAAGCGCAACGAGCAGCUUUCGACGCGUUUGCCAAGGGAACAUCCGAAACGCCAGGGCUUAACCAAUCGGUUAUCAUAUUCGAGGGAUACCCCGUGCAAGGCGUGCAGGCCGUGCCCUCGGAGUCCACUGCAUUUCCAUUCAGAGAAGAUUCUUUGCUUGUCGCACCCCUCGUUGUAUACUCCGAUCCGGCGCUCAACGACAAGGCCAGGGAGUUUGGGGAAGGUCUACGGGAAAUCUUGUUCCAAGCGAGUGGUCAGCAGCGACUGCAUGCGUAUGUCAAUUAUGCAUCGGGGCUCGAGGAACCGGAGGAUUGGUAUGGAGAUGAAGCAUGGAGGCUGAAGAAGUUGAGCUUUCUGAAGGACAAGUAUGACCCGGAGGGUAAAUUCAAGUUUUACGGGCCUGUUGCGUGAGCUUCUAGUGAGGAAU